UUGGACCAAUGCUCAUGGCUGGAAAUGUAGCCUAUCCCUAUGAGCUUAGGGUUUAUCCGUAUGAUAUGUUUGAUUCCAUUAUUAACCCGUCGCCAUUUUCAGAUUUGAGGAGUAUCACAGAGGGCGCACAUGGGGAAUAUGAACCAUGAUUCCUCAAAUCUGUUUCGCAACAUUUAGUUCUCAGUAAGAAAACGGAAGAACACGCAACCCAGGCGGCGGCUGGUGCCUCCUCAUAUCGCUUUCUCUGCUCAAAAUACCAGUCGCUGUCCAGGCUAAUUACAACUCUGAUAUAGCGCGGCCUUUUUACGCGUUCCACGUUCGCAAGGACGCCCAUAGUUCCACUUGAUUUGUUAACUGCAUCUCAAAACAGGAUUAGAUUCUGCAGAGAGGUGGGGCUUUAAAGGAGCGAGCGCUACUGUUUUCCUCUGAACUGUAACAUGCUAACACCCUGGUAGUGCACAACUAGGAAAUGCGCAAAUUUGGCGAUGUGCACAGUGUGCGCAUCGAAGAUAUUGGAUGGUUGCAGAUGGUGUGCUGACCUUUGAGAAAGACUCGUGCUGUCAUCAUCUGUAACCUCUUUGAACCGAAGUUAAGCAGUGACGAUGCCCCCGCAGAGAGUGUUCGCUCUGCCGAGGCAAAAGUCCCUCUUCCUACCGGCUGUUCUCAAUCCAUUUGUGUAUGAGCACCAAAUAACCAGGGCCGACAAAAUAAAAUGUGCGCUCUUUGGGAUUGUGCUGUUGCCUCUUCGGUGUCUCUUCUUAUUACUGGUGGUCGUCAUAACAUGGCCUUUGGCGACAUUAGUUACCUUCAAAAUGCCCCUCAAGGGAGCAGUGGAGCCCAUGACUGGAUGGAGAAGGUUGAUAUGUCAGACGAUAAUACGCACUCUGGGCAGGAUGUACUUCUUUGGGUUCGGCUUCCGGGUGGUGUUGAGGGGCCGGCAGGUGACCAGUGCCGAGGCCCCCAUCCUGGUGGUGGCUCCCCACUCCAGCUUCUUCGACGCCAUCGUCUGCAUCGUCGCUGGCCUGCCUUCCACCGUGUCACGCUCGGAGACCCUCUCCACACCCAUCUUUGGCAGGUUCCUGCGCUGCCUUCAGCCUGUGCUGGUCUCCCGUAAGGACCCAGACUCGCGCAAGAACACCAUUAAGGAGAUCGAGAGCAGGUCCACAUCAGGAGGGUCAUGGCAACAGCUCUUGAUCUUUCCUGAGGGGACUUGCACCAACCGAUCCUGUCUCAUCACAUUCAAGCUAGGUGCCUUUAUUCCUGGUGUUCCUGUCCAGCCCAUUGUCCUGAGAUACCCCAAUAAACUGGACAGUGUGACUUGGACAUGGCAAGGCCCAAAGUCGGGAGAUUUGCUUCUUCUCACUUUGUGUCAACCCUACACCACUGUGGAAAUAGAGUUCUUGCCCCCUCAAGUCCCCACUGAGGCUGAGAAGAAAAGCCCCAUUCUGUUUGCACAGAAAGUGCGCGCAGUCAUGGCAGAGGCUCUGUCCAUCCCCAUAACGGACCACACCUUUGAGGACUGCCGGCUGAUGAUCUCUGCAGGGGAGCUGACCCUCCCCAUGGAGGCCGGCCUGGUGGAGUUUACCAAGAUCAGCAAGAAGCUCAACUUGAAGUGGGAGAACGUUCAGAAGGAGCUUGAAAGCUUUGCUGCCAUUGCCAACUCCUGUAAGGGUGGCCGCAUCAAGAUCGAGCAGUUUGCCGACUACCUCAGGCUCCCAGUCACGCCUGCCCUGCAGGAACUGUUUGCUCUCUUCGAUAGGGAUGGGGACGGUACGAUUGACUUCAGAGAGUAUGUCAUUGGGGUGACUGUUUUAUGCCGACCUGCCAACUCCGAGGAGGUCAUUCAAACAGCCUUUCAGCUCUUUGACACUGACAAUGACCAAACCAUCAAUCGGGAAGAAUUUGCCAAUAUGCUACGGUCCACAUUGGGUGUGUGUGACCUCAAUGUCACCAAACUCUUCAAGGACAUUGACGCAGAUGGGUCUGGCCGCAUCACCUACAAUGAGUUUCGGUCGUUCGCCCUGCAGCACCCACAGUAUGCCAAAUUGUUCACCACUUACCUGGAGCUGCAGCGCUACCAGGCACUCCAGACUGAGGACCCCGACUUCCUCAGCUCCUUCUCCUGUGCCCAGGAGGAGGAGGAGAGCCAAGAGGAGAGCACCUCCGACAAGAAGGACGACUAAGAAGAAAACAGAGGAGAGGAGUGAAGAGAAGAGGAGUUGAGAUGAGUUGUCAGCAGAGAAGGCGUGGUACCACUCUUUCUCUCAAUCACUCUGUCUCUGUUUCCCUCUCUCUGCCUGGUGCACUGAAUAGGACUGAUCUGAACUGAACAGCCCAAACCACUUGGAACUAUGAGUUGAGUUGGUAUGUGAGGAGUUUCCAGGCCGCCACUGAGAGGUCAACCAGAUUUAUGGAACUCCUGGUUUAUUUUUUUGUGUGUUUGAUUUUUUUUUCUCUUCAAAAUUCUGCCUUAGGAGGAUAGGCAUCUUGUGUAGAGAGAUAAGGUGCCCCUUCACAAAUAAGAAUAAAAUGAAAAGACAGCACAUUUUUAAAAUGGGAGUUAGUGUUCCUAGUUAACUGAUUUCUCUGCCAUUUUAGAUGCCAUUUGCUUUUUAUGCGUAACUGGAACAUUGGGAAAAAAAUGGAUCUACAUUCAAGGUGAAUUGAAUUUAGAUGACGAUGCCUUUUCUCCACAAGCGCUUUGUUUUUACGAUCUUUAACUAGGUCUAUUUUAGGACACUUGUGGUGCCAGUGCUGUAGUUUUUUAACCACUCAAACACUGGCAAUAGUGCAAAAGCUUUUACAUACUGUAAGAGAAAAUCAACCUUGAAGCCCCACGAAACUGCCCAAAUGACUACUGAUUUUAUUUUAUUUGAAGGUAUUAUUUCUCGUGUUUUUUUGUCAAAGCUUGCUUCAUUUUAUUAAUAUGGGCAAGUUAACUGGCUGCCUUGCAGUUAAUUACUUCUAACUCUGACUGCAAAAUUUGCAAAAUUCUUAGGCAGAGUAUAGGAAAAAAAAUAAUAAAAUAAAAUAAGGAAAUGAAAGAAAGACGCCACUGGAGUUACUUGCCCAAGAGAUUGCGUAGCGUGCCGUGUGCUGUGCGCAUCUUGCUUUCCCCCCUCUUCUCUCCGCUCAGGGACUGUGCUUGGAAAAGUCGGCAGUACUGUAAUCAAAGGUUUUGCUUUGUAUCUGUUCCUAUUUGCAUUUCUAUUUAAGAACAGUGUUGCUGAGACAGCAGCACAUCCCUGCAGCUUUUGUAGGCUAAUGCCCAGCAAGUGCAGGAAAAAAUAGGGCAAUUUGUGAGCAAAAAGGCAACAGUACCGACAUACAAGCUCUGGGUACCAGGGGGAGGAAGGUUUCAAAUUAAUGUACUGCAUUGUUAUUUACUUACCCAUGCAAGAGCCAAUUAUAAAUGAUUUUUUGUUAACACAGCACAUUUAGCUUAUUUUGCAAUAAAAUCUUUGAAUUUUUUCUUUUUUCAA